CCUCCUAUCAAAAAUUUCUAACCCUAACUAUGAAUUCAAAGCGUUCGAUCCUACCCCAAUUUUCAGUUGUGCUAUCAAAAACCCAUGUUCCCUUUGAAGCUAUAAAGUUACAAACUUUUCUCUGUUUCUCAGCCAUCUGACGAUUCUUCAGGGAAUGGACGUCAUUUCUGCAUUGCCUAGCAUGAAACAACAAAAGACUAUUGAAGGUCCAAAAGUGAGUGAUGAUAAAGAUAGAAUCAGCCAGUUGCCAGAUAGUCUUCUCCAUCACAUCCUUUCUUUCCUUCCAACUAAAGAUGCUGUGAUGACAUGCGUAUUAUCUACAAGAUGGCAAGACCUUUGGAUGUCAGUUACCAACCUAGAUUUCAAGUGCUAUGGUUACUACAAAAAGGAAGAUAAGUCGAACAAUAGCUUUACUAAUUUUGUGGAAAGAGUUCUUCUUUUUCACUCUUCUAAUAUUAUUAGGUUCUGUCUUGACUAUGGUGAUAGUCUUGACGCUUCCCGUGUUAAUUCUUGGAUCUCUGCAGCUGUUAGACGUCGGGUUCAAGAGUUUCGUCUAUCCAUCCAUACCCAGUCAGUACUUUGGUUGCCCCGCAAUCUAUGUACCUCCAAAAUGUUGACAGAAUUGAAAAUAAGUGCAUCAUGUGAAUUAAAAUUACCUUCAAUUAUUUGCUUAUCAAACCUCAAGAGGUUACAUCUUCUUCAUGUUACUUUUUUAGAUGAUCUUUCCGUCCAUAGACUAUUUUCUGGUCUUCCUGUUCUUGAAGAUUUGAGAUUAUGUUCAUGCAGAUGGAGUAAGAUAAACCAUGUUACCAUAUCUCUUCCGAAUCUAAGGAGCUUAGCUCUAAGUGUUUUUUCAAUCUUUAAAUCAGAGGAUGAUUGCAAGAUCAAGAUUAAUGCAGAAAAUCUCAUAUUUCUUGACUGUGCAAGUGAUCUAACAGCUGAUUUGCACCUAGAUAACAUGCCUUUAUUAGCCAAUUCAACUAUUGGCCUUGAACUUAUGGGAGGGAAUUCGAAAUCUGCACACCAUGCUGUGAAUCUUUUUGGCGGGCUUUCUUUUGUCAAAUCAUUAGUAAUUUCUAAAGGAACCCUUGAGUGUCUCUACUAUCGCAAUUCUGUGGAGAACCUCAAUCUUUUCCCAACAUUUGUCAAUUUGUCAACUUUGGAGGUGAAUUCAAAAGUGAUGAGCCACGCAAGUGGACCUUUGAUGGGCAUUAUCCGCAAUGCACCAAUUCUUGAAUCCAUCAUUAUUAAGGAGGUAUAUGGUGGAACAUGGAAUAGAAAGCCUUACCCACCGUGUCUCGAGUUUACCCUGAAAACAUGUUGCCUGUUGGAUUUUGAUGGACGUCCGGCAGAUACUCUUUUUGUGAAAUUUUUGCUGAAGACUGCCAAGGUGUUGGAGAGAAUGACUCUCUAUUGCUCAAAGUAUUUAUGCAGUCAACCGAAGAAGCUAGACCACAUUAUGAAGCUACUGAAAACAGUACCCAGAGGCUCAAGGAAUUGUGUGAUUGACUUUAUAAAGAAAAGUUACUAAUGAACUUUAACGGGUUUUUCGGCCACAUUUACAGAACUUGAACUUGAUGUCCUCAAGGGAAACUACGUUCCCUUUUAAGUUGUUUAAAUUUUUUCAUGUUUUUGAGCUGCUGGUAGAUCCGUCUACUUGGAUGGUCUUUGGUAUAGCAACAAAGUUGUUCAUUUUGAAGCUGUUAA